AUGCUGGCUCUGCGGAAGGUCACGGUGCAGCAGCCCGUGCUGGCCGUGGCGGAUCUGCUGGAGGCGAGCAAGCAGCGUGGAGGCGACUCGAGGGCCAACAUCGUGCACGGUUUGUCUGUCCUGGAAACUUGCCUAAUUAUAGCUAUGAAACACUUAAACGAUGUUUAUGAAGGAGAACCAUUUAACUUCCAGAUGGUUUACAAUGAGUUUCAGAAGUUCAUACAGAGGAAGGCCCAUUGUAUGUACAACUUUGAGAAGCCAGUUGUCAUGAAGGCCUUUGAACACCUCCUGCAACUGGAAUUAGUGAAACCCGUAGAGAGGCCGACGGUGCGUGCUCAGAGGGAGUAUUUACUGAUGAGGCUGCUCUUGGACAGCAACCAGAUCAUGGACGCGCUGCAGGCCUACCCCAACUGCCCCACGGACGUGAAGCAGUGGGCAGCUUCCUCACUCAGCUGGCUCUGA